UUGACCUAUUCUGUUUUCUUAAUAACCUACCAUUUAAGCACUUGUUUCCAAGCUUUUCAUUUUUCAUAUCUUGUUUUGUGUAUGCAUCUAAAUCAAAAUUUUCCUUCUUCUCAACCACCACUUAGAUCAAGGAAAAAAAAGCAUGUUUGGAUGUCAAGAGACAGAAAGAUUAGAUGAACUUGAAAAGGUCAACUCAGAGGGAGAAACAUCUUUACAAAUGGGAAGGAAGCAUUUUUAUGGGACAACCUUAAACACAGUAACUCCUUGUGCUGCAUGUAAGCUUUUGAGAAGAAGGUGUGCUGAGGAAUGUCCUUUUUCUCCUUAUUUUUCACCACAUGAGCCUCAAAAGUUUGCAGCUGUUCAUAAAGUUUUUGGUGCAAGCAAUGUCUCUAAGUUGCUAAUGGAGGUACCUGAAGGACAAAGAGGUGAUGCAGCAAAUAGCAUGGUUUAUGAAGCAAACUUGAGAUUAAGAGAUCCAAUAUAUGGAUGCAUGGGUGCAAUAUCAUCUUUACAACAACAAGUUCAAUCAUUACAAGCAGAAUUACAAGCUAUAAGAGCAGAGAUACUAAAAUACAAAUACAGAGAAGCUACUAAUUUUAUUUCUUCUAAUCAUUCUACUUUAGUUUCAUCAAUGCCUAAUUCAACUCAAAACUCAUCACAACCUCUUUCUUCUUCUUCUUCUUCUCUUCCAUUACCAAAACUAUUGCCUUCUCAUGAAUCUAUUAUCCUUUCAUCUUUGUCUUCAUCUUCUGCUUCUAAUUCUGUUUACACUUCAAAUAAGAGUACUAUGAGUCAUGGAUCAAUUUCUAGUGAAAAUAUUCCAUACUUUGUUUAACUUCAUUUUAUUUACUAUACAUUUUAUUUAGGAAUAAUAUAAUUUGACCCUUUUUGGUCUCUUUUUUCUUCUUCCUGUCUUGUUCUGUUGAGAGGUUAUGGGGAAGGAGAAGAAAUUAAUUUCACUACAUUCAUAUGUUUUUUAAUAGUAUACUUUCUACAUUUUAUAUUAAUUUCUAUUUUUGCAUGAUUUGUUUUCAUUUGUAAGAAUAAUAAUGCACUAUAAGGGUAGGGACUUCUAUCAUAUGCAACUUUAUUUUUUUUCAAUUCAAUUUCAAAUGAUAUUUAGAUUGUUAAGUUUGAUGGUGUGUAUAAGAUUUUAAAUUGCACUUUUAGUUACAUUAUAAUAUUUUUUUAUAUUGUGAAAA